GACAUAUACCCUUUUGAAUGUAUUUGAGUAUUCCACUGUCGCCAAGUGAAAAUAUAGACCAGCCACCUAUGCAUGAUGCAAGACAAGAACGAAAUCCAAAAACUCUGGAAAGAAAUAGGCAUCGCUUUCCUUGAUUGAUCGAUGCUCUUUUGUCCUGAUGCUCCCUUUCAGGAAGACAGUAAUAACAAAUUAAUUUUCUCUCACAGCAAUUUCUAUUAUAGAAGUAUUGAAAAUCACGCCGAACAAGAAAUCCUCAUGGAGUGGAUUUUUAUCAGUGAAAUUUUUUCCCUAUAUAAGCCAUAAUUGUCAAGCAAUAAGGUCCCUCAGGGCCUUUGUUGAAAAUACCUCUAAAAGAGAGAAAGAGAGAGGGGAAAGGCUGAAAAGGGUUAGUUUAAGAAAUGGCUGAUAUUCACCAUCUCCUCACAAAAGAGUUCAUCAAUGGUGAAAAGACUAAAGAGCUGAGUGGUGUGGAACUCAGUCUCUCAGCCAUGGCUAGCUAUCCUUUUCCUUACAUGCCUUCCUUAUGGGACAACCGUGGCAACACCUUGAUUUUCCCUUUCUCAUAUGACACCAGAGAAAACAAGAGAAUGAAACGAGUUCAUAGCUUCCAGGAAUCGAUUUCGAGUAAUAACAACACGCCUUAUAGAGGUGGAGGAGGAAAUAAUGAUAGUAAUGACACUUCAAACAGCAGCAUGAUGAGCCGCAGCAGCAGUACUAAUAGCUUAAGUAACAUGCAGACUAUGCAAUUCCGUGAUCACAUAUGGACUUAUAAACAACUAUAUCACGCAGCAGAGGCUGUAGAAGAAGCUGCAGCUGCAAUCAUGGAAGCUGCUGAACAAGAGAACAGAGCUACAUCAGAAGAAGGAGAAGCUGAUGAAAUGAGGCUUGUCCAGCUUCUCAUUGCUUGUGCAGAAGCUGUUGCUUGUAGAGAUAAAUCACAUGCCUCUGUUCUGUUAUCAGAGCUAAGAGCCAAUGCAUUGGUAUUCGGCUCUUCUUUCCAACGUGUAGCUUCAUGCUUUGUCCAAGGACUAGCUGAUCGCCUAGCCAUGGUUCACCCACUUGGGGCAGUCGGUUUUAUCGCGCUACAACCACCACAACCACCACCACUACCUAUGAUGAUGAACAUUAUGGACGUUGGAAUAUCAGAAAAGAAAGAAGAGGCUUUACGCCUCGUCUAUGAAAUUAGCCCACAUAUUAAAUUUGGUCACUUUGUAGCUAAUGCUUCAAUAUUGGAAGCCUUUGAGGGAGAGAGUUACGUCCAUGUCGUUGACCUGGGUAUGACCCUUGGUCUAGCACAUGGAGAACAAUGGCGUGCGCUUAUCCAAAGCCUCGCCCAAAGAGCCAAAACACACCAACUGCCUAAAAGACUAAGAAUCACUGCAGUUGGGCUCUGCGUUGAACGAUUCCAAAUCAUCGGAGAUGAACUAGAGCUCUUCGCAAACAGUUUAAACCUCAACUUAGAAUUCACAGUAGUUAAGAGUAAUUUAGAGAAUCUGACCUCAAAAGACAUCAAAACUUCGAAAGACGAAGUUAUUGCGGUGAACAGCGUUCUCCAACUCCAUUGCGUGGUCAAAGAAAGCAGAGGAGCUCUCAAUUCUGUACUCCAAACGAUUCACGAACUGAGCCCUAAAGUCCUUGUUCUUGUCGAGCAAGACUCUAGCCAUAAUGGACCUUUCUUUCUUGGAAGAUUCAUGGAGGCUCUCCAUUACUACUCUGCAAUCUUUGAUUCGUUGGACGCCAUGUUACCCAAGUACGAUACCAGAAGAGCUAAGAUUGAACAGUUCUACUUCGCUGAAGAGAUCAAGAACAUAAUCAGCUGUGAAGGUCCGGCUAGAGUGGAGAGGCACGAGAGAGUAGACCAGUGGAGAAGAAGAAUGAGCCGGGCCGGGUUUCAAGCUGGGCCCAUUAAGAUGUUGGGCUCAGCGAAACAAUGGUUGGGCCAGAUAGAGGCCUGUGAAGGAUACACUGUUGUCGAAGAAAAGGGCUGCUUGGUUCUUGGUUGGAAAUCUAGGCCCAUUGUUGCUGCUUCUUGCUGGAAAUGCUGAGCCCAUUUUACUCAUCUCAGAUGGAAAAACGACAAUGAAAAAUGUGUGUUUUGGUUUAAAAUCUUGCUUUUUUUUUCUCUUUUUUUUUGUUGUUGUGUGAAGAAUAAUUAGUAAUGCCCCAUAUUCUCAAUGUGAGUUCAAUAUUGGAUAUUGUUCUGUUUUGGGGUGGUUAAAACUAAUAUUAUAAUGAAUAAAAAGGAGGAAGUCUUUGUUGUGUUUUUC